AGCUGUAGCUCGUUGUGGCCUUGCAAAAAGCAACUCUGAGAUAAAGCAAAAGCACUUCUGAAAUCUCUCCUUUUCAUAUACAGUAAAACUGGAAGUUCUACGCUACAAUAACACCAUGCCUGUAGCAAUGAUGCAAAAGCAUUCUCCCCCUGAGCUCGAGGGAACUCCACCUGCUGCCAUAGCUAACAUCAAUGGAGGUCUCCUUGUUGCCGGGUCUGACAGCCCAAAACUUGAGAACGGGAUCGAGUCCCCAGGGUCUUCCAGCGUCAAGAGCGAGGACGGUGGCUCAGAUACAGAGAGAGGGAGCAGCAAGUCCUCAAGCAGCAGCAAGAGACAGCAGAGACGCUUCAGGACCACAUUCACCAGCUAUCAGCUCCAGGAGCUGGAGGCAGCUUUCGCAAAGACGCAUUACCCGGACGUCUUCAUGAGAGAGGAUUUAGCACUGAGAAUAAACCUCACAGAAGCUCGUGUACAGGUUUGGUUUCAAAACAGAAGAGCUAAAUGGCGUCGUGCUCAGAAGGCAAGCCAGCUCGCCAUGGGAGACAUAAUGAGUGGACGGGGUGUCAGCAUGAUGGCAGGAGGUGGUGGAAUUCCCCACAUGCAUGGAAUGAUGCCUCACAACUUUGCAGCUACUCUACCAACAAAUCUUUCUCCAGGUAGCUCUGUCCUCAUGACCCCAAAAUCGGCUGGGACAUCUCCCUCAGCUCACAUGUUUCAAAAUAAACCUUUCGUCCUCCAUCAUCCAAACCAGCUUCCCUCCUCAUCGAUGAGCGCUUACCCCACACCUUGGAACACUCAGAACCAGUUCGUGUUCCCCUCCCCUACUACAAUGACUUUUUCUAAUAAUCACUCACCUCUUUCUUCCUCCUCUCCUCCUGUAUGUUCUGGUGUCAUGACGCCGCAAUGGUGAAAUAUAUAUAUAUAAUGUAGAGAUAACACUAUUUUUCGAUUUUGACAUUUUCAUUUCGCAGCAGUCACACAAGUGUAGGCCACACUGUGACGUUCACCCAUCUUUACAAGUCUUUACUUCUAUUUCUGUCUUCUUUAAUAAACGAUACACUACACAAACACGACAGACACACAGCGAAACUUCAGGUCUACAACAGAAACCACUGACAGGACAACAAUACAGGGACAUGGACCACAACGCAAAGCUCAGAGCCAGACUGACACAAAGUAGCUAACACGUACCAGUAUAGACAGUACAUGAUGGGACAUUAUACUGACCACCCUAUAUUUCAUAUUUAUAAUCACAGACUAACAGUUUUAUAAUUUUUUAACGUUUUUGAACUGACUCACUGCUUCAUGUGAACACGCACACCUAAACAGAGAUUCAUUGUGUUAUUUAUUUUUAAAGACAUCAGAAAAUGAUGCAGACAUCAUUGUGACAUAAUACACAUGCACCUUUCUCCCCCUCUCUCUAGCUCUCUUUAUAAAGUACAAUUCAUUCUUUUUACUAUUUCUAUGAUCAAUAUAUUUUAUAGUUUUGUCAUCACUAUUUUUUGUAACUUGAAAUUAAUAGAACUAG